AUGGCUUCAUCGAAUUCAUCAUUAUCACCACCUAUUAUUCUUGUUCCAACUGAAAAUUUAAGUUCAAUUAAUAGUGGACCUGGUGUUGUUGUGAAAAAUAUAACACAACCAAAGAAAGAUUUUAAUUUCAAGGAAUGUAUUAACUCAAAUUUAGAUGCAUUGAAAAGAGAAGCUAAAGAAUUAUUUACAUUUCAUCCAAAAGAAUGGGUCAGUGCGUUUAAACCGAAUCCUAAAUUUCCAUUAUUUGUUCUUGGUGACAUCGAUGGAUUUGUCGCUUUAUUUAUGAAUAAUUUAGCAACAUUAUUAGCUGUUAUUCUUAGUCUUAAACUUGUAUUCGAAGAUGAUCUUAUCUAUGGAAAAAUUGUUCCUGGUGUAUCGAUUGGUAUGUUAUGGGGAAAUUUAUAUUAUGUAUAUAUGGCAAGAAAACUUGCUUAUAGAGAAAAUCGAGGUGAUAUAUGCACAAUGCCAUAUGGUAUUAAUACGCCGGGAGCAUGUAAUAUUAUUUAUUUUCAAUUAAAAACAACAAAACAAAUAUAU